AUGGACGUGGAUGGGAGGGAUCAAUACGAAUAUCCUAAAAUGGUUAGUAAAUUCGUAAGUGUAAAGUCCGGCAACGACAUGAAUACUGAGAGAUGCGUGGAAAGCAUAAUCAGAAAUAGAUUUCAGUUCGAAGACAGAAACACGAAGAAAGAAUUAAAGGAAAUGGAAAUACUUCAAAAAAUGAAGGAGCUGGAGUUAAGGAGGAGAUAA